CAUAAUUCGCUCAUCACGUGUCAGUGCUAUCGUUUUUUUUAACUACGUAAAAAGUGAUAAUCUUUUAAAAAUUUGUUGCGAAAUUUUAAGAAUAAACACGUUAUAAAAAUUUUAUUUUCACAAUGAAUUUUGCAAAUAAUCCUGGCAAACCUCAAGAAUCAACAACGGCAACAUCUGCUCUUCCAGCAACAUCAACACCAAAAUUUUCUUUGAGCAAUGUUGGUGCAGGAGAUGCUGGGAAAACCUUACCAACUCUGACAGCUAUGCAAAGCCAGGCAAAACCUGGACAAAUGUUUAAUUUUCCUUUGAAUUCAUCAUCAACUCUAUCAUUUGGUUCUAAUACGGGAAUGGGAACUAAUCAGCCUACAUCGGCUCCAUCAGCAGGUACAACCCUUAGUACGGGUACAACAGCCGCACCAACUAGUGGUUUGACAUUUGGAACAGGCACUCAAUCUAUUGGUUUUGGUACACCUAACACAACUGGCACGACUACAAGUGCAACAUCAACAACUUUUGGUACUGCAGUAAUGUCUACUCCAGCUACUGGUUUCUCUCUUGGUGCUACUACUUCGACUUUAGCAGGAUUGACUCAAAGUACUACAACUGCAAGUGCUACAACAGGAUUUAAUUUAGCUGUAACAACUAGCGCUCCCGCUAUAACAUCAGCUUUUUCACUUGGCUCAACGACUAAUCAACCAGCUUCAACGAUGUUGAGUGCCUUUUCACUUCCUGCUGGAACAACAACAGCAGCUACAACGCAAAGUACAGGAUUCAGCCUCGGUAAUACUUCAACAUCAUUAGGGUUUUCUUUAAAUAAAUCGACCGCAGCUCCGACUACUACGACAACUAAUAGUACAAUUGCUACUACGGCGGCAGUACCAACCACCAAUGCAGCACAAACUACUUUAGGAUCAACAACCACAGUAAGUUCUUCAUCAAGUAGUGGACAAACCGGUGCAAUGAACUUCUGUCAAUUGGAAGAGGCUAUAAAUAAAUGGACCCUGGAAUUGGAAGAACAGGAGAAAGCAUUCAUGAAUCAAGCAGCACAAAUAAAUGCAUGGGACAAAUUGCUGAUUACUAAUGGAGAAAAAAUUGUUACUCUCAAUCAACAAGUCGAAAAAGUUAAGUUAGAGCAAGAGCAGCUGGAGCAAGAGCUAGAUUAUGUCGUUAGUCAGCAGAAAGAAUUGCAAGAUUGUUUGGUACCAUUAGAAAAGGAACUGGCAUCUGUUUCUGUAUCAGAUCCAGAACGAGAAUAUACUUAUAGGCUAGCAGAAAAAUUGGAUACGCAAUUGAAACAGAUGUCUGAAGAUCUUAAAGAGAUAAUUGAACAUCUUAACGAAGCUAAUCGGGCACAAGACUCUAGUGAUCCAAUUGUACAGAUUGGGAAGAUUCUAAAUGCACACAUGAACAGUCUUCAGUGGAUAGACCAGAGGACAUCAAUUCUCGCACAAAAAAUCCAGCAAAUCGAUCAAAUGCAUCAAAAUUAUAGACAAGAAAAUGAACGAAGUUUCAAUUUAGCUUACAAUUAAUUAAAAAUUUUCUAUUUUUUUUUUGUAACGUAAUUUACUGAGAUAUUACGCUAAGUCAUGUUUUCAAUAAUAAAAUUAAUGUU